CAGGAGUGGGUCCUGGCGCCGCGGGGGGGCGCGACCCAGCGGCCGCAGCCGCCUUCCUGCUGGGCCCGAACGCCGACCCGGCCAUGGCGCUGCUGGCCGAGCACCUGCUGAAGCCGCUGCCGGCGGACAAGCAGAUCGAGACGGGACCCUUCCUGGACGCCGUGGCUCACCUGCCGCCCUUCUUCGAUUGCUUUGGCUCGCCUGUGUUCACCCCGAUCAAAGCGGAUAUCAGCGGAAACAUCAAGACAAUCCGAGCUGUGUACGACACAAACCCCACAAAGUUCCGAACGCUGCAGAACAUCUUAGAAGUUGAGAAGGAGAUGUAUGGGGCCGAAUGGCCGAAGGUCGGGGCCACGCUGGCGUUGAUGUGGUUGAAAAGGGGCCUGAGGUUCAUCCAGGUGCUUCUGCAGAGCAUCUGUGACGGGGAGCGGGACGAGAGCCGGCCCAACCUCAUCCGCGUCAACAUCACCAAGGCCUACGAGAUGGCGCUGAAGAAGUACCACGGCUGGCUGGUGCAGAAGAUCUUUCAGGGAGCUUUGUACGCCGCCCCAUACAAGUCUGACUUCCUCAAGGCCCUCUCCAAAGGACAGGAUGUCCCAGAAGACCAGUGCUUGGAGAAGGUCCGUCUGUUUCUGGUGAAUUUCACAGCCACCAUCGACAUCAUUUAUGAAAUGUACACGAAGAUGAACGCAGAGCUCAAUUACAAGGUGUAGCCGCGGCCUGGGGCUCCCCUGACUGGGUGCCAUCCCUGAGCCCCCCUGUUCUCUAAAAGUAUCCGAAUCACUGUGAAAUGAAUUCAAAGACUGCUGUUUUUCAGCGACUUAGCAAACAUCUCUGGAGUUUUAGGGGACAGCCUGUUUUUAAAUAUAUACACAUCUAUAUUAUAUUAAAUUAUAUUAAAAUUUUAAGAGGUUUUUCUAUACAAACAGAGCGAUAAGAUUUAACCAUCCCAUUUCCACUUUGCCUUAGAAUUUCAGGAGGUCUAGACUGUCUUCAUAAAUCCCUUUGAGUGUGAUCUAGCCGAUUAACAUUUUUAAUCAAUCAAGUUCUAGGUAGCUUUUGUUUUAUUUUAUUAUUAUUAUUAUUUUGCAGAGUGCAUGACUCUGGGGAAGCAGUGUAUAAUUAGGGAGAAAAUAAGCACGUAGAACUUGUGAGCUCACUUUCAAAAGUGAGGCUCAUGCUCCCCUGUCUGGCUGUGGCUUGUGUAUUUUUAAAUACAUUAAUGAAAUGUGAUUUGAAA